AUGGGGAGUAACGCUUUAACGCACAUUACUAUAUACACUAAAAAUGAUUUUAGUACAAAUAACACCGAUAAAUACAUACCAUCGUACGAAAUUUCAGAAGAUCCAGAUGACCAAGUCAUUGUUUCAGACCGUAUUUUUCCCGAAGCAUUUACAGAUUGGGCCCGGGACGGUGGGCAUAUAGUCCAAGUACAACCUGGGGAUAUACGUACUCGCGUAGAAACACUUCGCAACGAACAAUGUAUAACGCCGUACGUCACGUCUAAAAUGAUAAAGAUAGCGGAGUAUAUUGAAAAAAACAUUGAUAGAUACGUGGGGGUAACAGUUAUUUUUUAA